AUGAACCAGGAGAAUAAGUCCAGUUGGUUUCGGUUGCUUGUAAGUUUUACCUUUUUAUUUAAAAUCACAGUAUCCUUUCCAGUGAAUGCCUAUGUGACUGUGCACUAUUACAAUGAAACCAGCAACUAUACUACAACAGAGACAUGUGAAUGUGGUGUUUAUGGCUUAGCCUCACCAGUAGCUAAUGCGAUGGGGACGGUGGGCAUCCCUAAGAACAAUAACUACCAAGCUUGUGACUACAACACUGAGUUUACCAGUACCGAGAAGCCUUGGAUUGCCCUGAUAGAAAGAGGAAAUUGUACAUUUUCAGAAAAAAUUCAAACAGCAAACAGAAGAAAUGCUGAUGCUGUUGUGAUUUACAACGUUCCAGAGACUGGCAACCAGACGAUACAGAUGGCAAAUUUCGGUAAGUAA